UUCCCGCUGGUGCCGCUGGGGGCGCGCGGCCGCCCCGCUCUCCCGCCCGUCGGCCCGGGCCCGGCCGGCGCGGCGCGGCCCCGGCGCGCAUGGGGGUGGCGGAGGCGCUGGGCGCCGGCGCGGCGCGGCUGCUCUUCUACCCGUCGCUGCUGUACACGGUGGCGCGGGCGCGGCUGCCCGGCUCCCGCCGGCCCUGGUUCCACCGCAUCGAUGAGGCGGUGCUGCUCGGGGCGCUGCCGCUGCGGGGGCGCAUCCGCAGGCUGGUGGCGGAGGAGAACGUGCGCGGCGUGGUCACCCUCACCGAGGACUACGAGACCCGUUUCCUCUGUUUCUCCCCCCAGGAAUGGGAGGCAAUGGGAGUGGAGCAACUGCGGCUAGGCACUGUGGAUCUAACCGGAGUCCCCACCUUGGAAAACCUGCACAAGGGUGUGGAGUUCAUCCUGAGACACCGAGCCUGUGGGAACAGCGUCUAUGUGCACUGCAAGGCAGGACGCUCCCGCAGUGCCACCAUGGUGGCAGCGUACUUAAUACAGCUGCAUCACUGGAGCCCUCAGGAAGCAAUAGAGGCCAUUGCCAAGAUUCGUCCCCACAUCCUCAUCCGACGCAAGCAAGUCCAGGUCCUGGAGAAAUUUCACAGGAACACGAUCACUGGGAGGACUGCAUGACUUAGUAAGAACUAUCAAAAUCCUCAUCUCAGCUGCUAUUAAAAAGUUUUUAUGAUCUAACAAAA